AUGCAGGUCCAAGAGUGGACAAGCGUGUUUACAACAAGAGCAAAAGUUCUGCUGGACGAGUGGACGCUCCACAUGGAUGAGCCCAUCCAGCCAAAAAAUGCACAACUGGGGUUCUAUGAAUACCUGAGAGGAUCGUUCGCUGAGUUUUGUUGUUCUGAGUGUGGUCAUAUGUGGCCCUCUAAGCGAGUGCUGGUGAUAUUUCAUUUCUCACUUGAUGCAGCAAAUGGGCGUGGCACUGUAAAGGUGCGCUGCUGUAAGCAGGAAUGUUGUGACUGCUGUUUGCCUUCAGUGGAGCAGCCGGAAUUUAGUCGAGACACCAUCGACGUGAUGGUGGAGAAACUGAUUGAGAAGAUUAAAGUCAGAUGCUACGGUGAGAGCAUGGGAGAAGCAAACCGAACCUCAAGAUUUACUGGUGACAUGAACGGACCACAUGAAAGCGACCUCUGUGAGGCCUGUCGGCAGGGGAUCUGCCAACUGAGCAUGUGAACCACACA